AGGCCCCGGAGGAAGAUGGCCAUUGAGGGAGAGUCAACGUGGGCGCCCUGGCUCCCGGUCCUGGUGGUGUCACUCGUGUGCUCAGCCAAGGCAGAAUACACCAACUGUGGGGAGAACGAGUACCACAACCAGACCACCGGACUGUGCCACCCGUGUCCCCCCUGUGGACCAGGGGAGGAGCCCUACAUGUCUUGCGGCUAUGGUACCAAAGACGAGGACUACGGCUGUGUCCCCUGCCCAGCUGAGAAGUUUUCCAAAGGAGGCUACCAGAUAUGCAGGCGUCACAAGGACUGCGAGGGCUUCUUCCGGGCCACCGUGCUGACACCAGGCGACACAGAGAACGAUGCUGAGUGUGGGCCGUGCCUGCCUGGCUACUACAUGCUGGAAAACAGGCCCAGGAACAUCUACGGCAUGGUCUGCUACUCUUGCCUGCUGGCGCCACCCAACACCAAGGAAUGUGUGGGAGCCACCUCAGGAGCCUCUGCGCACCUGCCAAGCACCUCGGGCGGCAGCACCCUGUCUCCCUUCCAGCACGCCCACAAAGAGCUCUCGGGCCAAGGACACCUGGCCACGGCCCUCAUCAUCGCCAUGUCUACCAUCUUCAUCAUGGCCAUUGCCAUCGUGCUCAUCAUCAUGUACUACAUCGUGAAGACCAAGCCUUCCGCCCCAGCCUGCUGCAGCAGCCACCCGGGCAAGAGCGUGGAAGCCCCCGUGAGCAAGGAUGAAGAGAAGAAGGAACCCCCAGACAAUGUGGUGAUUUUCUCUGAGAAGAAUGAGUUCGAGAAGCUGACAAACACUCCUGCAAAGACCACCAAGAGUGAGAACGAUGCCUCCUCGGAGAAUGAGCAACUGCUGAGUCGGAGUGUGGACAGCGACGAGGAGCCGGCCCCUGACAAGCAGGGCCCCCCAGAGCUGUGCUUGCUGUCCCUGGUGCAUCUGGCCAGGGAGAAGUCUGCCCCCUGCAGCAAGUCAGCCGGGAUUCAAAGUCGAAGGAAAAAGAUACUGGAUGUGUACGCCAACGUAUGCGGGGUCGUGGAAGGUCUCAGCCCCUCGGAACUGCCGUUCGACUGCCUGGAGAAGACCAGCCGGAUGCUCAGCUCCACAUACAACUCCGAGAAAGCCAUUGUGAAGACGUGGCGCCACCUGGCCGAGAGCUUUGGACUGAAGAGGGAUGAGAUCGGGGGCAUGACGGACGGCAUGCAGCUCUUCGACCGUAUCAGCACCGCAGGCUACAGCAUCCCCGAGCUGCUCACCAAACUGGUUCAGAUCGAGCGGCUGGAUGCCGUGGAGUCCUUGUGCGCAGACAUACUGGAGUGGGCAGGGGUUGUACCAGCUGCUUCCCAGCCCAUCACUGCGUCCUGAGGAGCCAGUCUGGGGAGUCCUCCC